GUAUUUUUUUUUCAAGUACCAAUCUAUUGUUUUCAAGUCUGGAAAAAAAGUUGAAUUUCUGAAAAGAAAAAAAAAUACAAGUUUGGACUUGAUAGAACAAAAUUAUUUAGAAGCACGUUGUUUAGAGUUCUGCUCGUUGUAACGAUGCACUUCCUUUGUCCCUACAACAAAAACCAGUUGGUAGCGUUGUCAUUUUAAUAGAGAUGAAAAAGAAACAAAACAGUGAAAAACGAGCAAAUCUAUAACAAAAGGAGGCGUAUUUUUUACCUGGAAGAAUGCCUGACAUUUCUUUUGAACCAGUUCAACGUGACUUAUGAAUGAAUCGACUGUUAUUAUGAGGGUAGAUUUAGAUACAGGUAGCAAAGGCAAAACAGCUUCUUUUAGUUGUUUUAGUUUUUGAAGAAGAAAUGACUAGAGUGGUUAGUAUCUUGCGUGUUUCAUUGAUCGAAAUCGUUCGCAAAUAUUUUACCAUGGAGUAAAGAAUUUUGUAAUUUUUUGAAUUGUGCGUUAAAAGUUGUGUAAAUUUAGUGAUCCAGAAAAGGAUCAUUUGUUUUCGGUGAUUUUUAUUUUGACGUAGACUUUCGGCAACAUGAAGAUUUGUAGGAUUUUUGUCGCGAUAUUAUUUUCGUUGACUUUUUACGCGAAUGAAAUAACCGCUGUUUAUUCAGGAUUAUACGUUGACAAUGGAGAAGGCCAAACUAUCAGAGAAAAGUUCAACUCAGCGAAGGAGAAAGUUGUAUUCGAGAAGAACAUGCUAGAAUUUUUAGGACUAUCCCGUAAACCGCGAAAAAUAUAUGAUCCUUUGGAAUUGGAAAUUUCUGCUCCGAAAUUUUUACUAGAUAUUUAUAACGCUUUGGAUGGAAAUGAAGUAGAUAAUGAAUUUAAUCUAAAAAUAGAAGAUAUGCAAUCGGUGCAGGAAAGUGAUACAAUAAUGACAUUUUUAGCUCGAAACGAACAUUUAAAUGCUCCCAGACAUGAGAAAGGUAGAAGAUUGCGGUUUGAAGUUAAAGAUGUUCGUGUGGAAGAGACAAUUUUGAGUGCUGAGUUACGAUUGUAUAAGAUUUGCGACGAUGGAAAUACGAAUAAAUUCACCGUAACUGUUUACGAAGUUUUGCAGACGUUGAAUGGAGAUCAACAAUUGUCGUACGUUGAUGCUGUAAAUAUAACUGGAGACUACGAAGGUUGGAUUGUUUUCAAUGUGUCGACUGCUCUGACUAAUUGGGUAGUUUUUCCAUCGAGCAAUAAAGGACUCUACUUCUCAGUUCAUAAGCAUUUGAAACCACAGCACGAAAUUCAUCCAGAAAGCAUAGGAAUUAUUUCAUCAAUUUCUCACGAAGAAAACCAACAACCUUUCAUGGUGGCAUUCUUGAAAUCGCAAAAAUUCAAUAUACGUCGUAUAAGAGAUGUCUCUUCAGGAAAAAAACAUAAGCUUAAAAAGGACAGCAGUUUUAAUUCAAAUCCCCUGAACCCAGAAGAAGCAGCUCGAGGAAUGCGACAUUGUCAAUUGCAAACAUUGUACGUUAAUUUUAAAGACUUGAAUUGGACUGACUGGAUCAUUAGUCCGGCUGGAUAUGCAGCUCAUUAUUGCAGCGGUGCUUGCGAAUUUCCUUUAAAUGAACAAAUGAAUGCAACCAAUCACGCUAUCGUACAGACUUUAGUGACUUUAACCGGAGCUUGGAGUAGUAAAAUACCUGCUGCGUGCUGUGUACCUACCAAAUUGACUCCCAUAAAAGUAUUAUAUUAUACCAGAGACGAAACUGCUAUUUUAAAAAAGUAUCCGAAGAUGAGUGCCAAAAAUUGUGGUUGUCAUUAAUACCUACCUAUUUAUGUAGGCCUAUGUGUUUUGAAUUUGACUGAUCAUUGGUGGAUGAUUUUUUUCAUCAUGAUAUGAAUUAGGUACCAUUUCAUUAAUUUUUUGUACAUUGAUCUUUGUUAUUAUAUUUUAAUUAUUUAUAAUGUGACGAUAAAUUUUUUACGUAGAUUAGGCGUAGUUUUCCAAAGAAGCGUGGUUUUUUGUUCCAUGUUUAGAUUAUUUUUAUAUGUAGGUUCUAGGUUGGGAGUGUUUCUUUUAAUGAAAAUACACCUAAGCGUAAAUGUUU